UUCCCAAGUGGGAAACAAAACAGGAUUUCCCUCUAAAAUUACUGAAGCCCAACCUGAGCGGAUUCCUCUUGAAGAAAACGGCAGAGAUGCCCGGGAUGGUCAGUAAAAACCCAGACCUCGAAUUUGACUCCUUGCAGCCUUGCUUCUAUCCGGACGAAGACGAUUUUUAUUUGUGUGGUCCGGAUUCUGCUCCCCCAGGGGAGGACAUCUGGAAAAAGUUUGAGCUGCUGCCUACACCUCCCCUGUCUCCGAGUCCAGCAGGUCUGCAAGAGAACCCUCCGGGAGGGGCCCCCUUAGCAUGGGGAGCAGUGGCUCUAGGGGGGUUCCAAACCAACGACUCUCUGGACUGGGCUUCGGAAUUGCUGCUGCUGCCCCCGGAAGCUGACUUGUGGGGCAGCACAGACGGAGUAGAUUCCUUCGACACGGGCUUAGGAGAAAGCAGCAACCUCAACGCCAUCAUUAUCCAGGACUGUAUGUGGAGUGGCUUCUCAGCCCGGGAGAAACUAGAAAGGGCAGUCCAUGAGAAGCUGCAGAGCAAGGGAGGGGCGACUGCAGCUCCUGCUACAGCUGGCUCUGCCGCCACUGCCUCAGCCACCCCCAACGCCGGCACUGCAAACGACAGCAGCAGCCAGGGAGAGCUGAACAACUCGGUCUCAGAGUACGUAGACCCAGCGGUGGUUUUCCCUUUCCCCAUUAACAAGAGAGAGCUGGGGGCUGCCGCUCCCGCCUCAGCUGCAGGGGGAGUGGCCGGCAUCCGGGUGAACGUGACCGGCAACGGAGGGGCCGUGCAAGGGACAGUGGGCCCCCCUUCGCGCAGCGGACGCCACCCCAGUGUGGCCAGCGACAGCCGUGCCAACAGCAGUUCAGGGGACGACACUUUGAGCGAUUCUGAUGAUGACGAGGAAGAAGAGGAUGAGGAAGAAGAAAUCGAUGUGGUAACAGUGGAAAAGAGGCGCUCUUCUUCCAACAAACCUGUUACUACCCUGACUAUCACAGUUCGCUCUAAAAACAUGAGCCCCUUGGCCUCUGUGAGAACUCAACCAAAUGAAGUCAUCCUUAAGCGCUGUGCCCCCAUUCAUCAGCAACACAACUAUGCUGCACCUUCUCCAUACAUGGAAAGCGAAGAUGCGCCACCACAGAAAAAGCUAAAAAGUGAAGCACCCCGUCCAGUAAAACCCAUGACCCAACCAAAGCCGAAGAGUUUGAGUCCUCGAAACUCAGACUCAGAAGACAGCGAGCGUCGACGUAACCACAACAUCCUGGAACGCCAGCAACGUAAUGACCUGAGGUCAAGUUUCCUCACAUUAAGGGACCAUGUGCCAGAACUGGUGAAAAAUGAGAAAGCGGCAAAAGUUGUCAUUUUGAAAAAAGCCACUGAGUAUGUCCAUUCCUUACAGGCUGAGGAGCACAAGUUAUUGCUGGAAAAGGAAAAACUUCAAGUCCGGCAACAGCAGUUGAUAAAAAAAAUUGAACACAUGCAGACUUGCUAA